GCAGCGGGGUCAAACAGAUGGGCGGUUACACGUCCCUAUUGAUGGCCUGGGUCUUUGAGCACUUUCCAGACAGGCUCGUUCGCCGGUAUGCGAACCCGGCUUACACAGAGGACCAGCCCAGAGCUUGUAGGUGGACAGAGUCACGGUCGGGGCAUGCUAGGCUUGACGAGAGGCGAGUACUACUUGAUGAGUUGACGGCCGACAACGUCACUUGGACUCCAUAUGAGGCCCACAGGGAAUUGCGACAGCGGGAUGAGAGGGCUUUGUUCUCAGGCUACAUUCGGUGUCCCUAUCCCCCUGCUGUGCGACCUCAUCUUCCGGAGCGGGUCAUGCGACAGUUUGGGUAUAUACAGACGAUCCUGCGCCACCCUAGUGAGAUGGAUAGAUCUCCCGCAGCUGAGGCUGUUGAUGCGACAUUCGCAGAUUAUGUGCAGUACUUGUUCCCUGAGGGCGACCCUGCUAUAGAGGAGGGACAGGCUGUGGGCGGUUACAUGGAUUGGUACGCUAGAGUGUCUCAUUGUUUCAUCAUACCGGAUGAGAGGAGGAUUGAUCUCAGUGCCGUGGCUGCUUUGCGUAGGGCUUUAGAAGUCCUUGAGCUGUCACUUGAGGUGGAUGAUGCUUUGCUGCCAGGCACACAGGCCCGCGCUUUAACGGAGAGAGCACUUCGCAUCCUCCAGGACUUGGCUGGGACACAGGGCAUUGCUUACGCUGCUGGGAGAGGAGGUCUGGGAGCAGGUGGCCGAGCAGGUGGCCGAGCAGGUGGCCGAGCAGGUGGCCGAGCAAGUGGCCGGGAGGGCGGCAGGGCAGGAGCUAGGGGAGGCCGUAGGGGUAGGGGAGGUCGUCGGGUAGGGGACAGUAGGGGACAUUAGUUGUAUGAGCUUUUUGUUGACAUUACUAUUACGAUAUUAGGGGACUAUGUAUUUUGCACUACUAUUUCGGAUUAGUAUGAGUUUUAUGUUCACUUUAAUGUAUAUUUUUUUUUUCUUUUUCACUUUUACCCUAAACCCUAAUAAUUUGUGAGCUUUAUGUUCACUUUAACAUUUUUUUUUCUUUUUCACUUUUAUAAUCAACCCUAAUAAUUGUAAAAUCUAUUAAUUUUAAAAUCUAUUACUUUUAUAAUCAACCCUAAUAAUCAACCCUUGUAAUGGAAGCCAAAACCUGCAGCAUGAGUGGCUUGGGCUAUCCAAUGCAUCUAACAUGUUGUGGGUUCAAACCUGGCACUCAACAACCCAAACCCUUGUAAUGAAGUUUAAUCUUUAGGAUAUAAUCCGAAACUUCAUCCUUCGGAUCAGUAUGAAACUUCAUCCUUCGGAUUAGUAUGAAACUUCAACUUCCGGACACCUCUGACAGAUUUUACCACUUUUUUCAGCACCAUUACUCCAUAGCUUCACCUACCUCACCACCAUUAUGGCCUGCAUAAACUCCUCAACCACCAAACCACCCCCCAUUACAUUUCACUUCUAAUCACCCUCACUCCCUCACUUCCUCUUUUCUUACUACCCCUCAACCCCCCACCACCAUCAUUGCACCACCACCAACAACCUUCAUCAACCAGCACCAACAACAUUCAUCAACCAGCACCACCUUUCAUUGUGCUCUUGGUAUGUAUCAUUGCAUCCAUUGUAAUAUACAUAUAUACGUUUGUUUAAAUUUUCUACUAUUUAAAUUUCUCUUCAUUUUUUGCCA